CCUUCGCUCCUCGUCGUUGCAAGAGCUUGGUUCUGGAUCACUUGGACAUCCUGUGCUCGUUCUCGAUCACCACCACACAUCUCACAACAGAGUACAAAGGACCAGGAUCAUUCCUCUAAUAUGGCGUGGUCUUCGCUCUCAUUAACUCGCGUGCUCCUACUUGGGCUGCUCACACGUUUCGCCGUCGCGGAUACCGACAACAAAGCGGACUCUCCGCAAGGAGGUUCGGCGGACGGCCUAGCCUAUGAAGAAAUCCAAAAGGUCGACAUCUACACCGACAAUAGCACUGCAUCCGCUCCGCAAUCGCCCCCUGUUGAAGGUUGGUGGGAAUCCAAGAUCUGCUCCGGCGACUUCUGCGUCUACACCAACCGCCGGAUCGCUCAAGGGCGCGGUCUCGUCGCCGUAACCAAAUUCGAAGAGUUCCAAAAGCUCGAGCGCAUCGAAGACCACCUCAACCGCGGCGAGAACAAAUACCUCGAGGACCCCGUCCCCUUCACCACCACCGAAGUCCUCCACAAAGGCCCCGGCCUCACCGCCACCAAAGCCAUCCGCCGCGGCAAAAGCCUCCUCGUCGCCUCACCCGUCCUCAUCGUGCACAAAUCCCUCUUCGACCAAGUCCCCAAAAAAGCCGAGCGCACCCGGCUCCUCGAAGCCGCCAUCUCCUUCCUCCCCGACGACACCCGCACCCUCUUCAACACCCAACGCACCACCACCGGAGGACGCACCAGCGUCGAAGCCAUCCUGCAAGCGCACCCCUUCGAGAUCGACCUCGGGUACGCGACCCACAAGCAGACCGCCGAGGACCACUCGCGGCACUACGCCAACUACCCGGAGGCGGCCGCCUUCCAGCACGACUGCCGGCCCAACGUCGCCACCCACCUCGACCACGCGUUUGCGCUGCGCGCCACCGUCGCCCGCCGCGUCCAGCCCGGCGAGGAGCUCACGCUGACGUAUGUCGAUCCCUUUUUGCCGCGGGAUGAGCGUGCGGACUGGGUGAAGAGGCACCGUGGUGGGGCGGGUGGGGAGGCGGUGGAGGGGGGGUGUCCGUGCCGCGCGUGCAGUCCGCCUGGGGGUGCGAAGGGGGAGGAGGCGGGGGUGAGUGAGAAAAGGUUGAAGGAGAUUUUGGAGAUUCGGGCCGAGUUGAGGAAUCAUGAUAGUAGGAAGGUGGAUUUCAAGAUGAUUGAGCGGUUUUUGAAGCUGUAUGAGGAGGAGCGGCUGCAUGUUAGGCUGGCGGAUGCGUAUGAGUUGGCGGCGAUGAACUUUAACUAUCUGGGGGAUGACAAGCGGGCGAAGAAGUAUGCGGAUCUGGCGGUGCAGGCGGGGAUCGUGGAGGGUGGCGCGCAGUCGAACGAUGUGGUUGCUAUGAGGAUCAUGGCGAAGGAUGUGAAGGGACAUUACUCGUAUCGGUAUACGCUGAAGAGACAGGGACAAUAGGGGUUGGAAGUGGAUGUGUUAAAUCUCGGUGUCCUAUAGAAAGUUGGGAAACAUACGGUAGUUUUCAUUCCGAUGAGUCUGGCUUUAACCCUGUGAUGAGAUGUAAGACGUGCAAGGAGCUGAUGAUUGCCCAGUCCAGUAUCCCAUGCUGAAAUAUCACGCAACUGAUAUAAACCCGCGGACCAGCAUGUCGUCCCCCACGAGCUAGUCCCUAGUGACACGAGCGCUGACCCUUUGUAUAUUUGACAUUUCGAAGACGAUGCUAGUGACAGUGUUGCCCUCUUGUUCUGCGUCGAACCUCUGAAACGGCGGUGGGGGUUCGGC